AUGCCCGUCAUGGGUGGCAAUGAGGCUACUAGUCUGAUUCGUACCUUCGAGGCCAGCCGGCAGGGUCGCCGUAGUCUCAUAGUCGGAUUAGUGGCGUUUUCCACUCUUUUGCCUGCAAAUUCAUCCUACUACUCGUUGCCGGGCUUCGAUAUUCUAUUACACAAACCAGUGCGGAUAAGUGAGCUAUACGAGAUGUUCCUCGGUGGCUCCCAGACAAAUCUUAUCAUGCUGUACGGUAGCCUUACGGAGGAAGAGAAGAGUGUAUACCCGCGACUUGUGGAAAAGGAUGCGGUGCUUGGGGACGAUCCCCGGUCCAACGCUAUCAGAGACGAACUCGAGAGGAUCAAGGCUGAUGAUGCUAAGUAUUUCAAAGAGGAUAUUGUCAUUAUACCUUUCACUAAGGUCGUUGUGAAACACAAUGCGGCGGAGCCUCUCUCUGCUGCAUCACCGCCGUCUUUCAAUCUGGAUUCGAUAGCACUCCUCGCUUCCCUCCUCGCCAAACCCUUCUCAACCGCCACAGGUGAAUCGAGGAGGGAUAGCCAUCCCAUCCUCAACUCUGCCUACUGGCCCUUACGAUUUUACGACUUACGACGCAUCUUCACCGGCACUAUUCUUGCGCCCGCUCUUCCUCCGUAUCCGUUCCUCAUGUCUUCUCGCCCUAGACGGGGAGUUCCCGCCACGCCUCGAGUCAUUUCACCGAGCCCUACCCCAUCCGAUUCCACCGCACGCUCCCAAGAUGGUGAUGGUUACUCGGGUCCCGUGACGCGAUCUGCCGCUCGGCGCCGCCAAACUGGUAGCGUAACACCGCAGCUUCCCAUUCAAGAGACCUCUGGUGAGGAGUCGGACCCUGACCUUUGGAGAGCCAGGACUCGGUCGCGUAGCCCCAUAAAAGCACGCAAGAUACAAAAUCUCACGAAGGUGAAGGCUGAGAAUGAACCUGCCUUGGAAUCGGCAGUCGGUGAUGGAAACCUUGCAAACGGCGCGACAAAAUCACCCAACGGUCUUUUGGCUCCGCCACCCCUCGCGACCGGCUCUUCUAUUGGAUGGAACUGGCGUGACUUCAGCCGUAGCCCUAGUCCUCUUGGCCUUAUUCCGAUUCAUCGCCAUUUCCAAACCUUGAUCCACAAGCAUGAAGUGCCGAGGAAAGCCCUUCAUGUUUCAAUAGGGUUUUUCGUGUACUGGCUUUAUGUUACGGGCACGCAGACCUCCUCGGUGCCUCCUUACUUGAUGACCGCCCUCAUCCCUAUCGCAAGUGUUGACUAUCUGCGUCAUAAGUAUCCCGCAUUAAACCAAUUCUAUGUGAAGUAUCUUGGUGCUCUGAUGCGUGAGACCGAAUAUCAAGGUUGGAAUGGCGUCGUAUUCUAUCUUUUGGGGGCGUGGAUAGUCUUGCGUUUUUUCCCGAAAGACGUGUCAGUCGUCGCAGUCAUGCUUUUGAGCUGGUGUGAUACAGCAGCUAGCACAUUUGGGCGGCUUUAUGGGCGAUACACGCCCAGAAUCCGUCGUGGCAAAUCUUUGGCAGGAUCGUUUGCUGCCUUUGCCGUGGGAGUUGCGACUGCUGGCUGGUUUUGGGGAGUUUUGGCGCCCCGGACUGGCCCCUUUCCUGGGGAUGAUCAACAUCCAUUUAUGUUUCAGGGUGUGCUACGGAUGCCUACUCUCAUAGCCAAUAUGCUUGACUUUGAUGAAUCUGCCGUCUUGAGGGGGCAUGCUGCGGUAGGAGUUAUGAGUUUAUGGUCGGGAUUGGUAGCGGCUGGGAGCGAAGUGGUUGAUUUAUUUGGGUGGGAUGACAACUUAACGAUACCGGUGCUCAGCGGCCUGGGCAUAUGGGGUUUUUUGAAACUUUUCGGUUAG